ACGCAGUAACCGACAGGUUCCGGUAGAUGGCAGCGACUCAACAUACCGGAAGCCGUUAAACACCAACGAAGAAGAAGUUCCAAGAUGGCGAUAUUUUGCGAAGCAACAACAACAAGAAGAACUGGAAGAAGACGGACUGGGGAGCAGAAGAUCUGAGCGGGUUGAGCUGUUUCCUCGCUGCGUUUGGGUUUGUUGAUUCAUCUCUUCCUGGUUCUGAGUUCAAACUCAUCAAGAACUCUGUGGACUGCAGCUGACAUCUGAAGAAUCAGGUACGGAUCUCCUUUUCCACGGGAGGGAAGAGAACAUGAAUGAGUCCUCUGUUCCGUCAGACAUGGAACAACAAAGACACUCUGGAUAACAGACUCAGGCUGUGACACGACGAGCGGCGCUGAGCGCGGAACGACCAGACGGUGGAACUGACACUCGGGUCACACUUCAGACCUGGAACGUGCCGACGGGAGGAAACUUCCACCGAUCAGCCUGAAAUGAGUUCUUCAGAAGUGGCGGACUCCGGCAGCAGCAGAGACCACCGCUGCCCCGACUGUGGGAAGUCCUUCAUUCGGGGCUGCAGCUUACGGAAACACAAACUCACUCACGCUGCGGCGGCGGAGGAAGAGGAGGAGAAGGAGGAGAAGGAAGAGGAGGAGGAGGAGCCGUACGAGUGUGAGCCGUGCGGCGGCAGCUUCGGCCGACUGGACGCCGACGACGCUCACCUGCUGAGCCACGGCGCCGGCGGGGGGGCGGGGCUGGCGUUCGGCUGCGAUCAGUGCGAGAGGCGCUUCGGCGACCGCGCGGCGUACAGGAAGCACCGGCGCGACCACGCCGGGCCGCACCGCUGCGACCGCUGCGACAGGACCUUCAGCUACCUCAGCAUCUACAAGAUCCACAUGCGCGUCCACACCAAGGAGAAGCCGUACCGCUGCGACCAGUGUCCCAAGAGCUUCGGCUUCCUGAGCUCCUUCAAGCGCCACCGGCUGAGCCACGGCGGCGAGAAGCCGUACCGCUGCGACUUCUGCGGCAAGAGCUUCACGCAGUCGGGCCACUUCAGUCUGCACCUGCGCAGCCACACCGGGGAGAAACCUUACGAGUGCGCCCAGUGCGGCAAGAGCUUCGGCGACGCCGGCGGCUACAAGGUCCACCUGCGCGUCCACUCGGGGGAGAAGCCCUACCGCUGCAGCCAGUGUGGGCGGAGCUUCUCCCAGCUGGGCAACUACAAGUCGCACCUGCGCAUCCACACGGGCGAGAAGCCGUUCCGCUGCGAGCUGUGCCAGAAGAGCUUCUCCGUCUCCAAGACGUACAAGCAGCACGUGCGCACGCACACGGGCGAGAAGCCGUACCGCUGCGAGGAGUGCGGCGGCGGCUUCGGCCGGCUCAGCAACUACACGCGGCACCGGCGCCUCCACAGCGGCGAGCGGCCGUACCGCUGCCCGCAGUGCGGGAAGGCCUUCAGCAGCUCGUACAGCUACAGCCGGCACGCGCGCGUCCACACCGGGGAGAAACCCUACUGGUGCUCGCGCUGCAAGAGGCUGUUCACGCGCUCCCAGUCCCUGAAGAAGCACCGCUGCAUCGCCGAGGAGGAGGAGGAGGAGGAGGAGGAGGAGGAGGAGGAGCUGACGGACGGGAGCGCAACUCAGCGAGAAGAAGAACAAGCCGGGGGGGAACCGACGGAACCGACACACGACCAGCGGCUGAAGACUGAAUAAGUGAGUUGUGGGCGUGUCGGUGAGGCGGAGCUUCACUGCACGGAGGAGGAAGACGUUGGACUCUGAGCUGCGUUCACGCCAGAAGCGGUGGGAAGAUGGUCGUGAGGUAUUCGCCUCAAGUUGACAUAUUUCAACUUUGGCUAAAAAUUGGCCCGACGUUGAGUUGUGAGAGCCAAUCAGAGUUGAGCUGCUCCUCCGGUGGUGAAUCUAACUGCUGCUCUAGUGGAGCUGAAGAGACAUUCAGACGAGAACGUCACCGAGCUGUGAGCCUACGGGUGAUGUCAUGUGUGUAUAUAUAUAUAUAUAUAAUACAUAUAUUUAUGUAUAUUAAUAUAUAUAAUAGAAAAUAUUUCUAUAUAAUACAUAUUUAUAUAUAAAUAUAUUAUAUACAUUAAUAUAUAUAUUUAUAUAUAAUAGAACAUAUUUAUAAAUAAUAUAGAUAUUUGUUUAUAUAUAAUAUAUAUACAUUAAUAUAUAUAAAUGUAUAUAUUAUAUAUACAUAUAUAAUAUAUACAUUUAUAUAUAUUAAUGUAUGUAUAUAAGCCCCGCCCCCUCUAAGGCGGGAAUGAAGGAAUAAAGCGAUGUGAAUAUUCCCAACACUUAUGGUGUGAACGCAGCAAAAACAUUUAUAAAAGAAGUGGGCUUUUAAGAAUCUUAAAAACUAAUGACAGACACUUUAAAGUGAGUUGAAUCGUUUUAUCUUGUAAGAUAUGUGAAAAGCUGUUUUAUUUGUAUUUAUUUUUUAACUGAGUGUUAUAAGUUCAACACUAGCGUUCUAAUGGUCAACUCUCACACAGCUCAUGUUUGUGACUGAUUACUUUAGAGGAGUCGAAAGGUCAACAUUUCAUUUUAGGAACCUGGAGGUCACAGAGCCUCCAGGCCGUCGUCCUAUUGGCUCACAGCCCUCAGGAACUAAGACCGCGAGAUAAGUUUCAAGUUUAUUUAGAUUAAAACAAAGAAUGUGUUGAAGGAUCUGAAUGAAGUAUUAUUAGUUGAGUUAUUGUAUAAUUCUCAAUUAUUCUGGGCUCCUGUAUUCAAAAGUUGUGUAUAAAUUAUAUACCAAAGAAUGGGAAAUACUAUCACUCUGAAGGUGCUGCAUGUCCUUUGAGACGCUGUUGCUGUGGCGCCCUCUGGUGGUAGACACCGGGAUGACGGCGGUCACCUCGCUGAGGAUAAUUGUCCAUUUCAUUUCAAAUGUUAACAGCAAAGUGUUUAAUAUGCUGCCGUGUGAGUGAUGUGACGUCACAGCUCGAGUCAUCUGACGUUGGCAUUGGUUCCCUAACAAUUAAAAGCAGUUGCAUGGUAAAGCCGGUUUUGUAUAUUGUGUAUAUUCCAUCAUGUUGGAUUAGUCUGUGGUACCAUGGAGGAGCGGUUGAAGUAAUAAAAGGAUUUUAUUAAUAUUUGAUGAAAUAAAUGUUUGAAUUAAUGACGACUAAUACAUCAACACAUUGGUCUGAUAUGUAACCGACAUUAAUAAAAACACACUUGUGUGUAUCCAACA